UUGCUCCAUUGGGUUUCCAAAUUGUUGUUAAAUUCUCAAGCAGUGGGGAGAUAUUUGCCAAAAAUUAUUACUCACGUUACUCAUAAAUUCCCUACUUUAAUAACAUCCCACACCAUUUCUUGCACGCACGAACUGGCUCAAGUCCUUUAGUUUUAGUAAUAUUUUCCGAAGCCCUGAGAAACCACUUAAGAAGCUAUUUUUCACUAAAAAUGAUGUAAUAACACAUUUAGGUCACAGUCUCAUCAUAACCAGGAAGAAACUCUUAAUGCUAACAUUUGCUGAAGAGCAAAGUCAGAAAAAGAUCCCCUCUGCUAAUGGAGAACCGAAGAAGAAGCUGAAAUACAAACAUUUGAUUGACCACAUUGAGAACAAGAACAAGAAUAAAAAUAAAUAAACUCUCUGUAAUUUAUGCCGACUGAUUAAUACAGGAAGAAGUGAGAGAAAACUUCUUUAAGGGGUUUGAUAGGCAUAACUUCAACUCAUUAUUCUCCAGAGGAAACGAUCCAGCACAUUUAUCAAGAACCAGUAACAAGAAAAAGAAAUUUAAGAUUUUGCCAAAAACUAGAAUUGAACCUAAAAGAAAGAAUAUGAUUGAAACUAAGAAUCUGAGCGUGAGUCCAGCCAGUGGCUCUGAGAAUAGCAAUAGUAAUAGCAACUCAAAGCUGAAAUUCAAAGUAAUAAAAGAUGGACAGAAUAAUCAGCCUUUUAAGAGAAAAAUUAAACCUCCCGUACAUCUCAGAGUCAAAUCAAUUCAAGACCCUAUACAAUCAAGUGAAUUAAGUGAUCCAGGAUCUAAUUCAAGCCAAGCACACCAUAUUGACCAAAUCUCUGAUAAAUAAAAUGCUCCUGAUAGUCAUAGACAAAUUCUUUUUCAAAGAGCGAAGAAAACUAAUGGGUCGAAAAAUUAGACGAAUGCCUCACAUCUCACAAAUGCAAACCAUUAUUAAAAAUGAGGAAGAAAAGGAUAUUUUCAAAGCCCAGACUGAUAAAGUUAAUAAGGUGUUUGCCCCUACUUACAGUCUUGACGAGAGAGAAGGAAAAAUUAUUAGAAAAAGAUUUUGUCAGAAGACAUCCCAAGAAGUAUAA